AUGCGUUUCACUACUGCCACCAUUGCUUUCUUCGCCGGCCUUGCCAUUGCUGCCCCCGGUGCCGACAAGACCGUCUACGAGACCGAUGAGGUGACCAUCACCUCUUGCGCUCCUACCGUCACCGACUGCCCCGGCAACAAGGGCGGUGCCGGCGUUGAGCCCACUGGCAGCACCACCCCCUCCAGCGCUCCCGCCGUUGCCACCACCCCCGCUGGUGAGGCUCCCGAGACUGAGACCGUCCCCGUCUCUACUGAGACCCCCGCCUGGUCUUCCGAGACCCCUGCCUGGUCCUCCGUCCCCACCUGGGCUCCCAGUGUUCCCGCCCCCAGCGCUCCCUCCAGCGCCCCUGCCCCCAGCGCUCCCGCUCCUAGCGCUCCCAGCGCCCCCGCUCCCGUGGUCUCCUCCAGCGUGAUUGCCAUCACCACCUGUGUGCCCACCGUCAUCUACUCUACCGUGCCCGUUUCCGCCAGCACUCCCGCUGGUAGCGCUAUCCCCCACGGCCCCACCGGUGGUGUCCCCCACGUUCCCUCCAGCAGCAAGGGUGUCGCCACUGGCACCGCUGGUGUCUCCCCCGCUACCUCUUCCCCUGUCUUCAACGGUGCCGGUGCUCUCAGCGGCUCCCUCGGCUUCGCCGGUGCCGCCGCCGUCGCUGCCUUCUUCCUGUAA